UACGCAAACUCGUUUAUCCUGUAACUCUGCUUGACUGUAGCGUCAGAGCGCGCAACUCCCGGGACGUGACGCAGCGUACUCGGUUUGGCAGGUGUAGGUAUUCCAGGAUGGCCGUGAGCAGGGGAAUACAGAAUAACUGCACCGACUGGAAAUAGCCCCGGUGGAGGGGAGGGCACCUGAAUCUGCAAGGCUGAGCCCAUGGCGACCCCUCCGGUGCUCGUGGGCCAGCGGGUACGCGCCGUGCUGGAUGUGGCACUGCGAGUUCCGCCGCUUUUCAUUAUUGAUGCCAUCUUUAACUCCUACCAGGACCCCACAGCUGGCUACCUCUCCACGUUCCUCCACAUAUGUCUCAGGCUGCUGGGUGUUCUGACAUCUGGCGUCGUGUUGGUAUUCUCCCGAAGAGCACUGUUCAAGUUUUACAUGAUCAGCAUGGCUCUCCUGUUGGCUGCAACCUCCAUGUUGGUGAAUUACUAUGUCACAUUGCACAUUGACUUUUACCGUGCCUAUUACUUGGUGGCUUUUGGGCAGGAAUUUCUUCCGUCCAAUGGACCUUCGCUGUGGAUGGCACUAGUUAUCUUACAACUUAUUUUUGGCAUUGGAUUUAUUGCGCUUCUUCAGAUUCAGUCACUAUACUCUCAGUUAAUCAUACUGGAUCUUUUAAUACCUACAGUUGGUUUGAUAAUAGAACUUCCUAUCCAUGCACAACAGAUUUUGGUAUUUAUUUCUGGCUUUGCUCUAAUACUUUUUACUACAGUAUGCUUGGCACUUCGAUUCAAGUGGUUCUACUAUUCAACAAGAUACACUUUCCUCCUGCUAAAACACAUGUAUCAUGUUUAUGGAUUACAACUUAUGGUUGAAGGCGCUUGGAAAAAGAUUCAUGUACCGGAUGUCCUCAGAGUCUUUUGGCUCACAAGACUUGCUACCCAAGCUGUAAUUCUAGUGUUUAUGUUAAGGUUGUCAAAGAGCGAUCCAGAAGAUGCCACUUACUUUAUACCAUGGAAAGACUUUUGUGAGCUUUUCAGCAAUCUUAUAAUAAGUGGCUGCGAUUCCACAUUAACAGUUUUAGGAAUGAGUGCUGUGAUUUCUUCUAUUGCACAUUAUUUGGGCCUGGGUAUAUUAUCCUUUAUAGGCUCAACAGAAGAAGAAGACAAACAUCUUGGAUUUGUAGCUCCUGUUCUGUUUUUUAUAUUGGCUCUACAAACUGGCUUGAGUGGAUUAAAACCAGAAGAAAGACUUGUACGGCUUUCUCGUAAUAUGUGCCUUUUGUUAACAGCAAUCUUGCAUUUUAUCCAUGGAAUGACUGACCCUGUGUUGAUGUCGUUGAGUGCCUCCCACGUGUCUUCAGUUCGCAGGCACCUCCCAGUUCUGUUAGUUUCUGCUUGCCUUUUUAUUCUUCCAAUUCUGCUAAGUUGUGUUCUUUGGCAUUACUAUGCACUAAAUACGUGGUUAUUUGCAGUAACAGCCUUCUCAGUGGAACUUUGUUUAAAAGUAAUAGUCUCCCUAACCGUUUAUACUCUGUUUAUGAUUGAUGGUUACUACAAUGUAUUAUGGGAAAAGCUUGAUGAUUAUGUCUACUAUGUUCGUUCAACUGGUAGCAUCAUUGAGUUUAUCUUUGGAGUAAUAAUGUUUGGAAAUGGAGCUUAUACAAUGAUGUUUGAAUCAGGAAGCAAAAUCCGUGCUUGUAUGAUGUGUCUUCAUGCUUAUUUCAAUAUUUACCUGCAAGCAAAGAAUGGAUGGAAGACAUUUAUGAACCGGAGGACUGCUGUGAAAAAAAUAAACUCUCUUCCAGAGGUAAAAGUAACAGAUUCUCCAAUAGAUGAUGUAUGUGCAAUCUGCUACCAUGAGUUCACCACUUCCGCCCGUAUUACACCAUGUCGCCAUUACUUUCAUGCACUUUGCCUUCGGAAAUGGCUGUACAUUCAAGAUACUUGUCCAAUGUGCCAUCAAAAAGUAUAUAUUGAAGAUGACCUGAAAGAGACGGAGUCAUUUUCGAACAACAAUGGGUUUGUUCCGCCCGAUGAGCAACCUGUGCAACCUAAUGAGGAGGGAGAAGCAGAUGGUGAAGUUAACGAACUGCAUGAAGAUGAUAGCACUGAAUGUGAUGAAGAUGAAUGGACAGAGGAGCAGCUCAGUGCCACUGCGUCAAGGGAAGAAUUGGUUGACAAUGACACAGACUCAUUUGGGGAUUAACCCCCCCUUUUUUUUUUCUUGUGUAUUUAAAUCAUCAAAGUGUUUAAAGAUGAGUUCCAGAACAGAGAAUGUUUCUCAUUUUCUUUCUGUAACUUCAAAAAAAUUGAAGUUGAAUGAAUGGCUUCUGUUAAAUUCUAAUGUAAAUAUACUUCUUGGUCUCUUUUGUGACCUAAUUAAAUGUGUACGUUCUUGUACAUGAAAUAAAAGUUUUGAUUUCAGAUCAUUUUGUAUUUGACAAUUUAGUACCAAUCAAGAAGUGCAAUAAAUUUGCUUUGCCAAAUAAGGUUUUAUAUAUUCUGGCAAAACCAUACCAAGUUUUCUUAUUAAAGGGAUUCAUAUUUUAAAAACAAAACAAAAAAAAAAUGGCAACUACCUGCUGAUACUUAGUUU